UGGAUGGAGCAUGCAUUGUCGUACUUGGAGGGAGUAUGCGCCACUUCGUGGUGGAAGGACUUGCUGGUACACUGGCGGAGGUUCGAGCAGAGGAUGAGUACCCUCGAGUCUCAGACCCCGAAAAAAUUCCUCUCCACUAAAGGCCGUCCCGAGGAAGUCAAGUUCUGGAUCAGCCGCGGGCGCAACUACAACAAGCCUCCCAAGGUCGCCAACCUGUCACUAUUCACCAGUGCUCUUACUCAAUGGUGGUGGCGUCUUCAGCCAGAGUGCCGCCGACUCGACAACGGGUAUUGGCCACUUUCUCGUGACAUUCCCGCCGGCACCCGUUGGAUCGAACUUCAACUCGGUGGGCAGAAUGGCCUGUUCAUGGUCAUUAUGUCCCUCUCGUGGUGGAUCAGCGCCGUGGACGAAGAUACGGCUGAUAUAGAAGCCAUUGUCGACGACCUG